GCGGCCCGGAACCCUGCAAGCCCAACGCUUCUUCUGGCGAGUUGAGCGGCUCCGAGGCGUUACUCUGCGCUCCCUCCCGGCGGGCGGCGGCGGCUGCGGGCGCUGGGACUCACCAGCCAGGGUUGCGCGGGGCUGGAGAGGCCAGGCCCAGGCCAAGGGCACCGGGAUCUCGCAGCUUUGGACGCAGUGUGACUGGAUUUCUUGAAAGAACUCGCUGAGCUCUUGGCUCCAAGAAGCCGAUCGGACUCAGCGAGAAUCAGCCGUUUGGCUAAAACUUGGGGCCAAGAUUUUGGGGCUGAAGAAGGAGCGGGGAGUGGAGAAGGAGGCGAAGGAGGAGGAGGCGGCGGCGAGCGGAGCCUCGAGGCGAGGAGGCGGAGCAGCACCGUAGAGGCGGCGGCUUUGGCUAGCAAGCGGCGGCGCCCGGCUCUCGCCUGCUCGGGGGCCGGACUUGUUGUGGGGGGCGCGCGCGUUACUGUGCGCUGUGAGUCAAGAGACUUGGGCAAACUUUGAAGGGUAACCGGAGACGCUUGUUGCUCCUCGCCGCAGAAAAAGCCUCACCGUUACGUCGCGGCGAGCGGAGAAGGCGGCCCCCGCCGGCGCCCCCGGCCCAGGCAGACGAGUUUGGGCCCCCGGCUGCUGCGCGAGUGCCGGGCGGAGGUGGCGGCGGCGCCCCCGCAGCGCGAGCACCCCAGCUGCAGCGCCCUCGGCUGCGCACCGCCCACGGCCCAGCCCCGGCGCCGCGAAGACUCUCAUGCGCCCGGCGCGGCGGCGCCUCCCCGGAUCCCAGCCUUUCCCGGCUGCCUUGUCGCGAUUCUCGGGCUGAGAACGCCGCUGCACCCGCGGCCGGCGAUGCUGGGCCCCUGCGCGGCACCGUCGCGCUCGCCUCUGGGCCUGUGUACUCUGGUGAUUGCGCUGCUGGGCGCACUGCCCGCGGGCGCCGGGGCGCAGCAGUAUCACGGCGAGAAGGGCAUCUCAGUGCCGGAUCACGGCUUCUGCCAGCCCAUCUCCAUCCCGCUGUGCACGGACAUCGCCUACAACCAGACCAUCCUGCCCAACCUGCUGGGUCACACGAACCAAGAGGAUGCGGGCCUCGAGGUGCACCAGUUCUACCCGCUGGUGAAGGUGCAGUGUUCUCCCGAGCUGCGCUUCUUCCUGUGCUCCAUGUACGCACCCGUGUGUACCGUGCUCGAUAAGGCCAUCCCGCCGUGCCGCUCUCUGUGCGAGCGUGCCCGCCAGGGCUGUGAGGCGCUCAUGAACAAGUUCGGCUUCCAGUGGCCUGAGCGGCUGCGUUGCGAGAACUUCCCCGUGCACGGCGCCGGAGAGAUCUGCGUGGGCCAGAACACUUCGGACGGCUCCGGCAGCGCGGGAGGCGGCCCCACCGCCUAUCCCACCGCGCCCUACAUGCCCGACCUGCCCUUGACCGCGCUGCCUCCGGGGGCCGCUGACGGCAGGGGCCGCUCAGGCUUCCCCUUCUCGUGCCCACGCCAGCUCAAGGUACCCCCCUACCUCGGCUACCGUUUCCUGGGGGAGCGCGACUGCGGCGCCCCUUGCGAGCCGGGCCGCGCCAACGGCCUCAUGUACUUUAAGGAGGAGGAGAGGCGCUUCGCCCGCCUCUGGGUGGGCGUGUGGUCAGUGCUGUGCUGCGCCUCGACGCUCUUCACCGUGCUUACCUACCUAGUGGACAUGCGGCGCUUCAGCUACCCAGAGCGGCCUAUCAUCUUCCUAUCGGGCUGCUAUUUCAUGGUGGCCGUGGCGCACGUGGCCGGCUUCCUGUUGGAGGACCGCGCGGUGUGCGUGGAGCGCUUCUCAGACGACGGCUACCGCACGGUGGCGCAGGGCACCAAGAAGGAAGGUUGCACCAUCCUCUUCAUGGUGCUCUACUUCUUCGGCAUGGCCAGUUCCAUCUGGUGGGUCAUCCUGUCGCUCACCUGGUUCCUGGCGGCCGGCAUGAAGUGGGGCCACGAGGCCAUCGAGGCCAACUCGCAGUACUUCCACCUGGCCGCGUGGGCGGUGCCCGCUGUCAAGACUAUCACCAUCCUGGCCAUGGGCCAGGUGGACGGGGACCUGCUCAGCGGGGUGUGCUACGUGGGCCUGUCCAGCGUGGACGCGCUGCGGGGCUUCGUGCUGGCGCCCCUGUUCGUCUACCUCUUCAUCGGCACGUCCUUCCUGCUGGCCGGCUUCGUGUCGCUGUUCCGCAUCCGCACCAUCAUGAAGCACGACGGCACCAAGACCGAGAAGCUGGAGAAGCUCAUGGUGCGCAUCGGCGUCUUCAGCGUGCUCUACACCGUGCCGGCCACCAUCGUUCUGGCCUGCUACUUCUACGAGCAGGCGUUUCGCGAACACUGGGAGCGCACCUGGCUCCUGCAGACGUGCAAGAGCUACGCGGUGCCCUGCCCGCCCGGCCACUUCCCGCCCAUGAGCCCCGACUUCACCGUCUUCAUGAUCAAGUACCUGAUGACCAUGAUCGUCGGCAUCACCACUGGCUUCUGGAUCUGGUCCGGCAAGACGCUGCAGUCGUGGCGCCGCUUCUACCACAGACUCAGCCACAGCAGCAAGGGGGAGACUGCGGUAUGAGCCCCGGCCCCUCCCCCACCCUUCCUUCUCCCACCCCCUAGCAGGGGGAAAGGCGCGGUAGGGGAAGAACUGCGGGCUAGGGGGGGGCUUGUUUCUGUCACUUUACGCUCCAGUGAGAAGUGACCUAGAAGUGAGAAGAUAUAGGUAGAGAUAUACGUGGGUUUGGAAAAGAGGCCUGAGUGGAAAGACGGUUUGGAUGAAAAGACUUCUGGCAAAGACUUGCAGGAUGAUGACGAUCAUCAUCAUGUUAAUCCUGUACGGUACGGACCGACCUGGGCCAAUCGAAAAGAUUGAGAUCAGAAGGUUGCUGUGAGUUCUUCUCGGCUCUGGGGCCGAACUGGGACUGUGAGCGAUUCCCCUGCUGCAAGACAAGUGGCCUGUCCUCACUCCUGUGAGGCCCGGGUGAAAGGCACAGCUCUGUCUGCGGCGGCUGCUUUGUUGGGAAAAGGGAGGACUCCCUGCAGAGUCCUUGUUAAGCGGUGGUCAAACCGUAAUCUCUUUUCACUGGGGCCAUACUGGAGCCCAGAUGGGUUAAUUUCCAGGGUCAGACAUUACAGUCUCUCCUCGCCUGCCUCCUCCCGCCUGUCUUUCCUCCUCUGCUCCUUUCAAGUCUUGUAAAGUAAGCAUUUUGAAGUCUUGGGAGGCCUGCCUCCUAGAAUCCUAAUGUGAGGAUGCAAAAGAAAUGAAGCUAACAUUUUGCAACAAGGGAAAGACGGCGAGUAGUAGGUAUUUCUACUACUUUUUUUCUUUUCUGGGGAAGGCAGGAGGAAGAAAGAAGGGUGUUUUAUUUGGUUUAAUACCCUGAAAAGAAGUGAUGACUUGUUGCUUUUCAAAACAGGAAUGCAUUUUCCCCCCUGUCUUUGUUGUAAGAGACAAAAGAGGAAACAAGUGUCUCCCUGUGGAAAGGAACAACUGUGAAGAAGACAGCAACUUUUAUAGGCAAAGCAGCGCAAAUCUGAAGUUUCCCUUUGAAUGUUAAUUUGGUUGCGAUAAACAUUCCUUUUUAAGGAAAAGUGAAGGGCAGUGUGCUUCCAUACCCCUUUCCGUCAGAGGUUCUGAGUUGGCUAAAGGAAAUGCAAGGGGUUUUGUUGUGUUUGUUUUAAGUAAAUUUAAUUCAGAACACAUGAUCUAACAGGCUCUGUUAAAACGUUCAGGGAAAUCUCCCACUUCAUUUUUAUUUUCUUCCUAUAAACCUGCAUUUAGGUUUUUUUUUCUGUUUUUUUCACUCCAAUUUGAAUCCUUCAAGAUAAAAGGAGAAGCAUAAUACCUUUAGCCUCAUAAUAAAGGAACGUUAAAUUUUUUAAAAAGUAAAAAAGCAUUUUGUCCUGUUUCCUUUGUUCCAUAAAUCCAUUUAUAAAAUAUCAUGUGUAUGCUGACCCUGUCUUUGUGUGGCCGGGUGGGAAGGUGACCUGCAGAAAUGACAGUGAGUGAAGUGGACAGUUCAAACCAUGGGCCCCAUUUUUAAGGAAAGUCAUUAAAAGAAGGUAAACUUCAAAGUAAUUCUGGAGUUCUUUGAAAUGUGCUGGAUGACUUAAAUUUAUUAAUCUUAAAUCAUGUACUUUUUUUUCUAUAAUAGAACUCCAAUUCUUUUGCGUAAUGGGCUAAAGCUGAGCAGAGAAUCAUGGGAGCUAACCUUUACUCCACCUUUGACACCACCCUCCAAUCUGCCAACACUAUCCUAUUUCUCAAAACAGUCUUUAAAUGCUGUUUUAAAUAGUUUUUAAAUCAUAGAGGGUACUGUCAGGAGUACAAGUUGCUUUAUAUAUGUAAUGUUAGGUUGAGUGGAGCUGCUUUUUAUAUUAAAGUUAACAUUGACCUUGUGUUCCUUAAACCUCCAAAACUGUCUGAUUUGUCAGAUUUUUAAAACUCCCACUACACAGUUUUUGGCAUCUUUUGUGUUGUAUCUCUUGCAUGUGAAAUUUGUAAAAUAGAGACAAGUGCAGUAUGUAUAUUUUGUAAAUCUCCCAUUUUUGUAAGAAAAUAUAUAUUGUAUUUAUACAUUUUUACUUUGGAUUUUUGUUUUGUUUUGCCUUUAAAAAUCUACAAGGAAGCCCCACUUUAUCACUUGUACAGAUCACAAAUAAAUUUUUUUUUAAAUACAAAGUGAACGUAUAUUUAGUUUAUGGUUCCUAUGUAAGCCAAAGAAUAGAAUGUUGUAUUAUGGAAAGAUGGUAUGGAGGUAUGCCACUGUAUGUGUCCCUCAUAGAGGAAGAUGUUAUAUAUAUUAAGGUCUUUUUUUCUUGCCUUUUAAAACACAGAGUGUGAUGAAUGCCUUCACUGUCCUUUAUUUUUUUUUCUGUUGUUGUUGCUUCCGGCUUUUCUCCACACCACCCUACCACACACACCACUAAGCUUUUUCACAUCCUGCUCUGGAUAAAUUACUGAAGGUACAGAAUAAGCAUCUCUUUUAGAGGAGUGUUGUGUGAUCCAUGUUUUUACUACCCUUCAGGCAUACAGUCCAUAUUUGAAAGAGGACUAGAUAUCUUUGGUCCACUUUUCUGGAGAUGUUUUCCUUGGGAAGAAUUCUGAGAUUUUUUUUUUUUUUUUAAUCACUGAUUGGUGUUUUUGUAUUCUAAGGCCCCUUAUCUAAACUGUAGGGACUUAAAUCCUUUGGGUUCAGGUGGUUGGGAAAGUCUGUAGUUGAUUCCAGAGAUCAUAACAGGGGCAUUGCACGUGGAGCCUUCCCAGCUGUAGGCUUCACUCUACCUUGUAGGUCAAUUGAGCCAGAGGUCAAGUGAUUCCCCAAGAUGGCAGUGACUCAGCAGCUCCGGCAGGAAUAGACUCCACGCCUGACCCCAGGAUGGCCUCAGAAGCCACUGAAGCUAUUCUUUCCUCUUGUCAGAGAGGCUAACUUUGGAAUCAGAUUAGACCGAGAAGCCUUCGCUAUCCAGGCACUUUGAUAUUAAACAGUCCCUCAGGGAAAUAAUAAAGGCAUUCUAAAUACUUCCAAUACAAGCCUCAUUAGCUUUUUUUGUUGUUGUUGUUUCACUUUAAUUCAGGUGUCUAUUUGCUGGCUUUUCAUAAUAGAGUCCCCUCAUUCUCUGGCAGCCAUCACAGCAGCAGACAGGACGCUGCUGUUUCUCCUUCCCUGCUUUGGCUCUAAGUUUCUGUACUUCUAAAGCUCAACAGAAACAGUUCUGUUUUUGUUUUAAUUAAUAGGCUCACACACAUGGCUGGUGUGUUUUACAAACACAUGGAAUGAAAACCAGUGACAGUCCUCACCAAGAGGAGGAAGGCUUGCGGCUGCACUGUGUGCAAAGCGGCUUUAAGAUCCUCCUGGGUUUUGAACAUCACAAUGGGUGGGAGGUCAUCUUAAGCUGUGAAGAUUUUGGCUUCGAGGAAGGAAAAAAAGAGCGACUUCAAGUCUCUUAAGGUUUAUCCCGUUUUUGCUCAUAAAAUGACACCUUUUAGGUUAAAGAAUGCCUCUUUUAACACCACAGUAAUACUGCCUGUUAAGAAUGUUUGCUUUUGGAGUAGGUGGAAGGCUCCCAAUGGGGUUUUUUGCUCACAAAUUAACUGCUGAAUGCACUUAGACCCUUCUGUGGGAGAGCUAUGUGACUGCUCCUGUAAAUGUGUCCCCUUCCUCUCUUGUCAGUGCUGCCUCGUCCUGCAGGGCGCUCAGAUUGCAGAGCACUUGUCUUUAGCGAGGGAACAAAGACUGUGUAUGAAUAAAUUACUAGCUGCUUUUUUGCGAGCAAAGAUAAAACUGUUCGGUUUAAUCCUUUCACAAUGUGGUACGUCCUAACGUCAUAGGUUCUUACCUAAGCAUUUUAGAGGCUUGGGGAUCCUUAAGGAGGUGCAUCUUUGCAGAAAAUAGGUGAGAGAGAGAGUGCUUGUGAAAGGGCAUGUGUGGAGUUUAGGAAAAACAUUGGCAGGAGUUUGGUGUUAAUCCCUAGUUGAGGAGCAGAAACACUUGUGAACAUUUUCUUCAGUUUAUAAAACAAAAUUAGUCUAUACAAUAACCCUCUGCAACACCUAAUCGUUUAAAGUAGGUUUGUGAGAAAUCUUGGUGAGAAACAAUAAAUGUCCUGUUGACAACAUCUCACCAUUAAAGAAAAAGUAGAUUUUUUUAAUGUGCUUGAUAGAAAAUAGUGAUAUCAGAAAUUCUCUGGGUAGAACUAUAGAAGUGUAACAGCUGUAGGUUUGAGCCCUGUAAUUAUACUGGGAAAUUCUCUUCUAACUCUCCCAUCUUUAAUUUCACUGAAAAGGCAGGUGGCUAUUUAUAGAUGGUAUAUUUUUAUAUAUGCAUAUGU